UUACAAACAACAGUGCGCACCUGGCGUAUGAUAUCUCCACCGACUCUGACAUUUAGACAUUUCUCCCGAUGCCGAAAGAGCCAGAAUUUCUUGGACGUUAGAACAUAGAACUCGCACCACAACUCCGUGUCUCUACCCCCUCACUUGGCGUUCAUUUCAAGUCAAAUCUGUUUCUCCCCUUUCAAUUCUAGGGUUUUGCGCCUCAGAUCUACGGAAUUUCCUCCAAGAUGACUACCAUGGAGAGCUUGAUCGGACUAGUCAAUCGGAUCCAGAGAGCGUGUACUGUUCUCGGCGAUUAUGGCGGUGGCGACAACACCUUCUCUUCUCUAUGGGAAGCGCUUCCCUCUGUCGCUGUUGUUGGAGGACAGAGUUCUGGCAAGUCUUCGGUUUUGGAGAGCAUCGUGGGGCGAGAUUUUCUUCCAAGGGGAUCAGGUAUUGUGACGAGGCGGCCUUUGGUGUUGCAGCUGCACAAGACAGAAAGUGGACAACAGGAGUAUGCGGAAUUCCUUCACUUGCCAAAACGGAGAUUUACUGAUUUUGCCCUGGUUCGCAAAGAAAUUCAGGAUGAAACUGAUAGAAUAACUGGGAGGACAAAACAGAUAUCAAAUGUUCCUAUUCAUCUUAGUAUCUACUCUCCAAAUGUUGUCAACUUAACCUUGAUUGAUUUACCUGGUUUAACAAAGGUUGCUGUGGAGGGACAGCCUGAAACUAUUGUUGAAGACAUUGAAAACAUGGUUAGGAGUUAUGUGGAGAAGCCUAACAGCAUUAUAUUAGCAAUAUCUCCAGCCAAUCAAGACAUAGCAACAUCCGAUGCUAUCAAACUUGCUAGGGAAGUGGAUCCUUCAGGUGAAAGGACAUUUGGGGUGUUGACAAAGCUGGAUUUAAUGGAUAAAGGAACAAAUGCGUUGGAGGUUCUUGAAGGAAGAUCCUAUCGGCUGCAACAUCCUUGGGUUGGAAUUGUGAAUCGCUCACAAGCUGAUAUCAAUAAAAAUGUGGACAUGAUUGUUGCAAGGCGCAAGGAGCGUGAGUAUUUUGCAACUAGUCCAGAUUAUGGACACUUGGCCAGUAAAAUGGGUUCCGAAUAUCUUGCAAAACUUCUUUCAAAGCAUUUGGAGACUGUAAUCAGGGCUAGAAUACCCAGUAUCACGUCCUUAAUAAACAAAAGCAUUGAUGAACUUGAGUCAGAGAUGGACCAUCUUGGUAGGCCUAUUGCUGUUGAUGCAGGGGCCCAAUUAUACACUAUCUUGGAACUUUGCCGUGCAUUUGACCGUAUAUUCAAGGAGCAUCUGGAUGGAGGACGACCAGGAGGUGAUAGGAUUUAUGGAGUUUUUGACAACCAGCUCCCUGCUGCUUUGAGGAAACUUCCAUUUGACCGACAUCUUUCUCUGCAGAAUGUACGGAAAAUUGUUUCAGAGGCAGAUGGUUACCAACCACACUUGAUUGCCCCUGAACAAGGUUAUCGUCGCCUUAUUGAGGGGUCGCUGAAUUAUUUUAGGGGCCCAGCUGAAGCUUCAGUGGAUGCUGUUCACUUCGUCUUGAAGGAACUUGUGAGGAAGUCCAUUGGAGAAACUCAGGAGUUGAAGCGUUUCCCAACUCUGCAAGCUGAAAUAUCUGCUGCUACUGGUGAAUCCUUGGAAAGGUUCCGUGACGACAGUAAGAAGACAGUUAUUCGGUUGGUGGAGAUGGAAGCUUCAUACCUGACAGUGGAAUUCUUCCGGAAACUUCCCCAGGAAGUGGAGAAAGUAGGAAAUCCAGCUGGAGGUAAUCCAGCUGCCUCAACUGUAGACCGGUAUACAGAGGGGCACUUCAGGAGGAUAGCAUCAAAUGUGUCCUCUUAUGUGAACAUGGUGUCUGACACACUCAGGAAUACGAUCCCCAAGGCUGUGGUACAUUGUCAAGUUAGGGAGGCCAAACAAUCUUUACUCAACCUUUUUUACACACAAAUUGGGAAGAAAGAGGGUAAGCAGCUUUCACAGAUGUUAGAUGAGGACCCGGCAUUAAUGGAGAGGAGGCAACAAUGUGCAAAAAGACUUGAACUAUACAAGGCGGCAAGGGAUGAGAUUGAUAGUGUAUCAUGGGUCCGAUGAGACGCAUAUUAGGAGAUGCCUCAUCUCACAAUACAGAUGACUCAAACCUUUUCUGAUUCCGAUGAACCGAAGAACGGCUUGAUAUUCUUUGUUUUGUUUUGUUGUGCAAUUCUUAUUACAUCCUUGUCGGAUGUCUUUAUGUGUUUUGUAGAACUUGAAAUGGCCUUUUAUAUAUGAUGCAUUUAAAUUCACAAACCAAA